UGCCAUUCAGUGCAAAGUGAGAACCCUGAUCCAGGAAAAGUUAGUUUGGCAGUAGUCUCCACUUUACUAGUACGAGUUUGAGGAACACAAAGAUUGUACCAAGAUGUAUAGCUUUGUGGACCUUGCUGUUUGCCACAGGCGGAAGAUCCUUCUAACGUUAUUAGUAUUAUUUGCUGUACAGUCGUUUUCAAAUGGACAAGCGGUGACCAUCACAAAUUUGGAUGUGAUGCUGAGCAAUCCAGCUCCAAUAUCGGAGGGCCAAGUGAACAGUGUGCCUGUCGACGUGAACAUAGACUUGCUAAACAGAAAGACUCAAGAUGUAUCUGGCACUGGUCUUUGGAAGCUCCAAGUGUGGGGCUCGCUGCGGGCCGACGGUGUCGGGCAGCAAAUCUCCUUAUCAGAGCAGGCCCUGACAAGGAAUCAAGAAGCAACACCCGUUGAGCGGGGGGCUCCAUUCUUCUUUCGAAAUGUCCCAUAUGAGCUGGACAUGAGAGGGGUCAGUUGCUCAGAGAUCAAUUAUGUUUGUGUACGCAUUAGAAAGGGGAAUGAUCCAGAUCCUCAGUUCACAUUCAAAGGGAAACCCAACCAAGCCACCACAUUCUCAGACUGUGCACCCAUCUCAGAGUGUUCAGGUGUUCAAUUGCGAGGACUUACGUGGGAACUUCAAGCCUCGAAUGUUAUCGCUGGUAUGCGCAAUCCCCUUAACAUCACUGCACAAGUAAACUUUGUGGAAGGUGCCGGUGAUGUAUCUGGAGAGAAUCUCUGGCGGCUUGGACUGUACGGGAGUCGCAACGCCCAAGGAUCCGGAGAGAAGUUCAAUUAUGUUAGACAGACUUUGAAUGAGUUUGAAUCGGCCUAUCCACUGAGGGGUGCUGGAGAUAUCAACUUCCGGUUUGCCAGGGCUGCGUUUGAUCUGGCUGCCAUUGGGUGCACAGAUUAUGAUUACAUGUGUGGAGAGUUCACCAAAGCGGACAAUCCCAAUCCAGACUUCAGUUUCUCUGUCUAUCCAUCAGGAAUGACCAAGAUCACAUGCAAGGGUUGGCCAUGUAGAGCAGUUGUGAAUAUUGAGGCUGUAAGUGCCAUCCCUGUUCGAGGCAGCCUGGUUGCUGGGCGAGCCGACAAUCCCAUCGAGAUGUACGUCAAGGUGAACGGGUCUGGUGUUGGUGUAGCAGGACAGAACCUGUGGACCCUCUCUUCCUAUGGAAGCCAGAACAGCAGAGGAGCGGGCAGGAAGUACGCUCAGACAAUGCAGAUCCUUACCCCAGAGCAGCAGAACACCAUGCUCGUUCCCGGCACUCCGAUGGAGCUUGGGAGGGUGUCUAUGAACAUUGACAUGACCAACCAAGACUGCAAUCAAGUCACCCAUGUCUGUCUGACACUCGGCAAAGGUCAAAAUCCCACUACUGUCUUCAGUGUUGUUCCUGUUCCCAACUCCAAUGUCCUCACCAAGUGCAUACCAUACCAAUGUGCAGUGGCAACUGCAAGGUCAUUAUCUUGGGAUUAUGAUGCUCCAACUGUGGUGCUGGGUCAGCAGAGCGACUUGACUAUAAAUACUGAGGUAUCAUUUGUGGACAAUGAGGCUUCCGUAGUUGGAUCAAAUCUUUGGAAGUUGGGAAUAUUUGGUAGUCGAAAUCUAAAUGGUAGAGGACAAAGAAUCGGAGAAAAAAGACAGAUUUUGAGAACUAAUGAGGCAUCUACGCCCCUCGAUCCCAGGACAGCAGACGGGUUACAUCGACUCAACAUCAACAACAUAAGGACCACAUUCGAUAUGAGUUCCAUUGGAUGCGGUGCUUUCCCGUACCUGUGUGUGGAGUUUGGACAAGCGGACAGGCCACGACCUUCUUUUGAGUUUGCUACAGAGGAUGGGACAGACUCGGUUGUUAACUGUAAACUGCUGCAGUGUGAAAAUGAUGUCAUGCUGAAUGAAUUGCAUCUGACCCUGGAGAAUGGUAGAAUUCUGGAUGCAAGGCCAGAGAAUCCACUCACGUUUUCUCUGGAGGGAAGUCUCAUAGGUCCAGGUGUCCAAGGGAGAGACUUAUGGACUGUCUCAAUGUUCGGAAGUGGUGAGCCCGAUGGAGUGGGACCCCGUUUUGGACAAAUGGACCAAAUCUUGGAUACACGUCAGAGGAACAAGCCCUAUGUGCCAAAUGAGAAUUUAGAUUUUGGGAAUAUUGACCUAAACUUUGACAUGAGUUCUCAUGAAUGUGCCAGAAUCAGAUACAUGUGUGUAGAAUUUUCAAAGAAUGAUCAGACAUCAGUGCCAUUCACGCUGACAGCCAGCAGUGGGGAAGCUUGGAUAUCUUGUGUUGACAUACCAUGUGAAGGAGUCAUUGCUUCAGAUCUAAUAUGGCACUACCAAGCACCUGAAGGCAUCACCCUUGGUGCUCCCAUCCCUAUCUUGCUGGAUGCGGUAGUUGAAUUCAGUUCAGUGUCAGCGGAUGUCAUUGGAAGGAACUUGUGGGCAUUGACACUCUAUGGUAACACCAUGGAGAGUGGACGAGGGGAUAUCAUUGGCAUCUUGGAAGGCAACAUCCUAGGCAAUAAGGCAGCUAGUCGAAACCUUCUUGUAGGAGAUGACUCUCUAAACUUUACAAAUGUAAGAAGUGAGAAGGACCUUAGCAGGAUUGGAUGUCUGCAUGAGGGAUAUCUCUGCCUCACCUUUGGACGAGGAGCCAACCCCAAGCCACCUUUCAUGCUACUUACAACAAGUGGAGGUGACUCAAUAGUGAGCUGCAAGAAGGUGCCUUGCCCAAGAAAUGUUGAACUGACAAAUAUUGACACCGGUUUUGUGAGUGGUUCUUUGAUAGAAGGCACUCCCAGCAAUGAAAUUGUUCUCUCGAUGACUGCCAACAGUGCGCCCAACUCAAAUGGCAUCAAUGGCAUCAGUCUUUGGUCAGUGGGUGCCUGGGGCAGCCGAAACCCUGAUGGAAGUGGGAAGCGAAUCAAUCCAGUUGAAGGGGAGGUCCUGAGUGGUGCACAGAGCAGCAUCAACCUGACUCCAGGAGGCAUGAUUGACUUUGGAGAAGUAGCCAUUGACUAUAGCAUGGAAGACGUCACCUGCAGGGAUAUCAACUACAUCUGUGUAGAACUGGACAAGAACUCAGGAUCCAAUGUAGAGUUCAACCUUAUUGCAGAGAGAGAAACCAUGAGGAGAUGUGAAGCAGUCUCUUGCUCUGGUGUUCUUGCAAGAACUUUGAGCUGGGAUUUCCGGGCCAAUGAGGUACGACCCAACCAGCGUAGCCCGAUCACUGUCCAGGCAAGUGUUCGCUUUGAUGAAAACAGCUCUCCUCUCACUGGAAGCCGUCUCUGGAGGAUGUCGCUCUUUGGCAGUGACAACCUUGAUGGCAAUGGCAGAACAUUUGAUCCAAUCCAUCAGAUCCUUGAUGCCCAGAAUCAACGCAAGUCUCUCAACCCUCAGUUUCCCCUCACCUUCAAUAAUGUACCCACUGAAUACAAUGUCGGUGCCAUUGGUUGUGGUGAAUAUCAGUUUUUGUGCAUGGAGUUCACCAGAGCAGAUAACUCUGAUCCGGCCUUUGUGUUUGAUGUUGUGGGUGGAGGAAACAAACUGGUAAACUGCAAGCAGCUGCUUUGUAAUUCAGAUGUUGUGCUUCAGGGUAUGACCACCAAUAUUGUUGGUAGCCCUAUUGUCACUGAAGGAAUCAGGAAUACCGUUGACAUCGACACCUCCGUCUUCUCCAGCCCUGAAUCUCGUCCUCUGGACAGUAGUCCUGGCUUGUGGCAGUUAUCUGCCUACCUCACCCCCAGUCCUGAUUCUCCUCUCCAGUUCAAUGUCCAGAACCAGGUGCUGUCGCGGCAGCAGGCAAGUAGCGCCCUCAACCCUGGAAGCCCCAUUGGCUUUGGUCCUGUCUCUGUGAAUGUGGACCUUAGACAGACUACUUGUGAACAGGCUGGUUACGUUUGCACAAGACUCAGCAAAGGUCCAUCUCCAAGAGUGGAUUUCAAUCUCCAGAUAGUACCAGACCCAAGCGCUGUGAAGUCAUGUGAAAGAAUUGAAUGCAAUGGUGUUCAUCUUCAAAAUAACAUUGACUGGACAUACAAUGCUGAUGAUUCUAUACCAGGGCGGGAGACCCCCAUAUCCAUCACAACCAACCUCCUGCCUUUCCCAAACAGUCGCGACAUCACAGGAAACGAUCUCUGGGAGAUGGGCCUGUAUGGCAGUAAGAAUCCCGAUGGUUCAGGAGAAAAGUUCAACUACGAGGACCAAAUCCUUAGUCCUGAGCAGGCGGGCACACCCCUUGAUGGCGACACCCCAUUCUUCCUAGACAACAUUGACACCAACUUUGAUGUUGGCUCUGUUGGUUGCACAGACUUCAGAUACCUGUGCGUUGAUUUCAAAAAGGGCAGGAACCCCUCCACUGACUUCACCUUCCAGAUAGGAGACACAGCAGAGAACACUAUCACUUCUUGUAAACGGAUGGCUUGUGACUCUAAUGCAAUUGUGUCGGACUUGGUAUCUACUCUGGGUAGUGAUGCUAUUUUGAUAGAGGGUAACCCACGCAAUGGGCUUGCAGUUGAUCUGCGUGCUAUCACAAGUCUAGAAUCCACACCAAUCCUAGGUGACCGCCUGUGGCAGGUGGAUUCGUUCCUGAGCCGAAACCCUGAUGGCUCUGGUCGAGAAGGGGCACUGAACACUAAUAUCCUUGAUCCGUUACAAAGUGCCUGGCCUCUGAGACCAGGAAUAGACAUUGACUACGGCCAAGUGCUGGUGGACGUGAAUAUGCAGGAUGUGUCUUGUGCGGAGGCACGCUACAUGUGCUUCAGACUGCGCAGAAAUGCUGAUGCAACGGUCAGCUUUAACCUGCAGGGAGAACCAGAUGACUCUGUCCUUACCAGCUGCCUAGAUAUGACACAACAAUGUCAAGGUGUGAUUCUCACUGGUAUUGACUGGAGCUACGAUGAGUCUGUGCCCAGGACACUCUCCAUAUCAGCUUCUGCAGAUGUUACAUUGAACAGCCGAAACCUUGAUGGGUCAGGCUUGUGGACCAUGGGCCUCUUUGGUAGCACCAACGGACGUGGACUGGGCAACCGCCUUGGUCACCAGCAGCAGAUCUUGAAUUUGUACAAUCAGGGGCGAACCGUGAUGCCACCAAGACCUAUCACCUUCAGGAAUAUUGACACCAGGUUCAAUAUCGAGCAGUUGGGUUGUAACAGCCAAUACCAAUACCUCUGUCUAGAGCUCUCCAAAGGAGCCAACCCAAAUCCAGAGUUCUCCUUCAGGACUAUAGAUGGUGAUGACUCUCUGAUGUCCUGUAAACAGAGAGAAUGUAGAGCUGUCAUCAUUACAGGCCAAGAAACAACACCAUCUGCCUUCAGGCUAAGAGAGGGAGAACCAGUCAACGAAAUCAACCUAGCCACUGUAGUUUCUACAGCUAGGGAAGGUGGUACUGUCACCGGGGAUCAGCUGUGGCGCCUUGGCUUCUAUGGCAGCACUAACCCUGAUGGCACGGGGCAGAGGGUUGGUUACCAGGAGCAGAUCCUUCCUUACUACCAUGCUGACCAAGACUUAGAGAGGCCAGGAGACACCAUAGAUUUCUCUGGCUUGAAUGCAAACUUUGACAUGACCAGCAUCCCAUGCUCCCAGGUUCAGUACUUGUGUACAGUGCUUUCCAAGAACCCAGAGGCAUCAGAUGAUUUCACUCUUACCACGCAACCCAAUGAAGAUGUUUUGACAAGUUGUUUUCCAGUCCCGUCUGGUGCUUGUAGAGGUGUCAUUGUGACGGACAUGGAGUGGUCAUACACAUCAAGUAAACCCAUCCCUAGUCAACCAGAUGUUUUGGAGAUAGAUAUGUCUGUGGAUUCACUUGAAACUGCUUCUGGUAUUGACGGAAGAAGGAUGUGGCGUGUUGGCAUCUUUGCCAGCAAGCGUAGAGACGGAACGGGUCCAAGGCAGGGCACCAACUACCAGAUCCUAAACACCUUCCAGGCUCGUAAGCCACUGGUCGCUGGUCAAAGGCUCAACAUCGAUACCAUCGCCACCAGAUUCGACCUGGAUGAGAUCAAUUGUGACAGCGGGUACAGAUACCUGUGCUUGGAGUUUGCUAAGAGCAUGAGACCACUACCAGACUUUGAAUUCACCACAACAACAGGAGGAAACACCAUUAUACGAUGCAAAGAAUACGAAUGUGAUAGAGGUGUGAAGCUCAUGGAUCUUGAGACAAUCCCAGACACCAACUACCAAACUGUGAUUAGCCAGAAGAGGGAGAAUAUCCUUCAGUUUGAUAUGAUGGCAGCUCCUGCUUCAGACACUGCAGCCCUCCGUGGUGUCAACCUAUGGGAACUGGCCCUCUGGGGCAGUGACAACCCCAUCGGGGAAGGACCACGCCACAAUGAACGCACUGCCUACAACCUCAACACCUACCAGAAGAGUGUCGCUGUCACUAACCAAGACGUGCUCCGCUUUGGAACUGUGGAGACCACUUUUGAUAUGACAGGAUUGACCUGUGAUGAAGUGCAGUAUAUCUGCGCUCGUCUUCAGAAGUCCAGUGACGCUGUGCCAAACUUCCAGCUGUCUGGUGUGCCUAACAAUAGAGUUCUCACUCAAUGCUUCAAUGUUAGGUGUGCUGGAGUGGUAGUGGACAAUACACGUCUUUCAGUGUCCAGCAGCAGCCUGACCGAUGGUAGUGACGAGGUCUUCUUCUCAGUCACCAUGAAUUCUCAAGACCAGAGUGCAGAUGCCGCAUUAGAAAACAUGUGGCAGAUGUCUGCCUACUUGACCAGCACCUCUGAUGGCACUGGCAAAAGGGUUGUCCUCGGAGAGGAAAUACUUACUCCUAGGGAGUCCAGUCAAGCCCUCUUCUCAGGCUCCCGGACCGGCUUCUACGAUAUGCGUACCCGGGUCAAUCGAGACACACUUGAUUGCACAGCCAGCAACUACCUCUGUAUAGAGGUCACCCGCGCAUCGAACGCCCCUAAUACAUUCUCUUUCACAGGCUCACAGGCCAACUCGCUCUCUUCUUGCGAGCGGUUGGAAUGUGCCAAAAAGCCUGCCGGGCAGUAUUCAGAAGGCCCUCGCGGAGACAAGGGACAGAAAGGAGAACCUGGUGAUGCCGAUAUAAAUAGUGCUAAUUUCCCCCCUGGUCUACCAGGACCAGUUGGACCCCCUGGACCAUCCGGACCUUCUGGACCAGCUGGUAACAAUGGACCACCAGGACCCAAUGGACCCCGUGGAAACCCUGGUAUGGAUGGAUUGACUGGUCUGCCAGGUAUCCCUGGACCCCCUGGACCACCAGGAAAGUCAGGAUCAUUGGUUGCAUCCGCCCAGACCUCAUCCUUCAACAAGGGACCCUCUCUUGCUGGAUACCAAUACCCACAAGCACAGGCAGCUGGCACCCCCGGACCACGUGGACCCCCAGGACCCCCAGGAUCAAGGGGACCUCAAGGUUUGACUGGACCAUCCGGACCUUCAGGAGAGACUGGACCCUCAGGUAACUCUGGACCACCAGGACCAUCUGGACUUCCCGGACGCCCAGGAUCUGAUGGAGAUGACGGUACCCCAGGCUCUCAGGGACAACGUGGACCUGCUGGAACCCCUGGAUCCCGUGGAACCCCAGGAAUGCCCGGAGCCCCCGGAAUGAAGGGACAUCAGGGUCUACCUGGAAUGACAGGAAGCAAGGGAGAGCGUGGAGAAGGUGGAGAGCGUGGAAGUGAUGGUAGCCCAGGACCCGUUGGUGCUCCAGGACCUGCUGGACCCUCUGGACAACCCGGUGAACGUGGCCGAACUGGACCCGCUGGAUCACAGGGAGACCGUGGAGCAGAUGGAGCCACCGGAUCUCAGGGACCACCAGGAUCCACCGGACCCGCUGGAGCCCCAGGAAUGCCCGGAAUCUCCGGAGCUAAGGGAGAUGCUGGAUCCCCAGGAGCACGUGGAUCCCCUGGACUACAGGGAGCCCGUGGAGAGCGUGGAUCAGAGGGAUCCCAAGGACAGACUGGACCACCAGGUGUCCCCGGACGUGAUGGAUCUAAUGGAGCCAAGGGAUCUGCAGGACCCUCAGGAGCUCAGGGAACACCAGGUUUCCCAGGAGCACGUGGACCACCCGGACCCGCUGGUAGCCCAGGACCUGCAGGAUCCAAGGGAGACCAAGGAAACCCAGGACAGCCAGGAGCACAGGGAGAGUCUGGACCUCUCGGACCCCGAGGAGAGACUGGACCUGCUGGACCCCCAGGAGCACAGGGAGAGAGCGGAGAGAGGGGAUCUCGCGGAAGCGUUGGACCCGCUGGACCUCCAGGUGGUGUUGGAGAGCGUGGACCCAUGGGACCCCCAGGAAUGUCUGGAGCCCCAGGAGCACCAGGAGCUAAGGGAGACCGUGGAUUGCCUGGUGAACGUGGAUCUGCUGGAUCCAAGGGAUCUGCUGGAGAGUCUGGCCGCCCAGGAGAGCCAGGUAUGCCUGGACAGAGGGGACUUACCGGACCCCCAGGCAAGCAAGGACGUGAUGGAAAGCCCGGACCCGCUGGUGCACCUGGUGAACCUGGAAACUCUGGACCUGCUGGAGCAUCUGGACAACGUGGUCUUCCCGGACUUGUUGGUCUGCCCGGACCACAAGGACAACGUGGUGAGCGUGGAGAGGAUGGUGGCCAGGGAUCCCCUGGAGCACCUGGUCUGACUGGUGAGCCCGGAAAGCGUGGAGAACCUGGUGUUGCUGGACCUCCCGGACCUCAGGGAUCUGCUGGAGAGAGGGGUAACCAAGGACCCCAAGGACAGGCUGGAUCAAUGGGACCCCCAGGACCUCCUGGAGCAAGUGGUGAUGCUGGAGCACAGGGAGACAAUGGACCACCAGGAGAAUCUGGACCUCAGGGACCCCCAGGAGCCCGUGGAGAGCGUGGCGCCCCAGGUGAACGUGGACCACAGGGACUUACAGGAGCACAGGGACGACGUGGAAUCGGUGGACGUGCUGGAAAUGAUGGAGCUACCGGACCCCCAGGACAGAAGGGAGAGAUGGGACCUCCAGGAAAUGUUGGACUUCAGGGACCUCCCGGAGAACUUGGACCUUCCGGACCACCAGGCGCUCGUGGACCACCCGGACCUAGCGGAAGCCCCGGACCAGAUGGACCUGCUGGAGCUGAGGGAGACAGGGGACCAGUUGGACCUAUGGGACCCAGCGGACCAUCUGGAAUGCCCGGUGAAAGGGGAGACAAUGGAGAGCCCGGACCUGGAGGAGCACCUGGACAACGUGGAGAUCCUGGCGAUCAAGGACCACAAGGAUCCCCUGGAUCACCUGGAUUCGCUGGACCACCUGGCCGCUCUGGAAACCCUGGACCUCAAGGAGAGCUUGGACCUACCGGAGCUAGGGGAGAGACUGGAGGACCAGGACCCUCAGGACCUACCGGAGACCCAGGACCACAGGGACCUCUUGGAGCCCCAGGACAACAGGGAGAGCGUGGAGAGACAGGACCUCAGGGACAAGGUGGACCACCAGGACCCAUUGGAAGCCUUGGAGCACCCGGAGCACAGGGACCACCCGGACCCACUGGACCUUCAGGUAAUGCUGGUAGCCCAGGACAGCCUGGUGCCCGUGGAGAGCCAGGACAGUCUGGAUCUCCUGGACAACCUGGACUUGCUGGAACAACUGGACCCUCUGGAGAGCGUGGAGACAAAGGAAACGAUGGACAAUCUGGACCUCCCGGACCCCCUGGACCCACUGGACCUGCUGGACAAUCUGGAAUCCUUGGUCUUGCAGGAGGCUCUGGACCCCGUGGACCCGGUGGACCUGCUGGACCACCUGGUGAAGCUGGAAGCCGUGGACCCGCUGGAAAGUCUGGAGACAGGGGAUCUCCUGGAGCUGUUGGACCCGCAGGAAACCCAGGACCCGCUGGAGAGAAUGGCAUGCCUGGAAGCGAUGGAAAUGAUGGAGCCCCUGGACCCCAAGGAUCUCGUGGAGAGAAGGGAGACACUGGUGCCUCUGGAGCCAACGGAUCACCUGGAGCACCAGGACCAAUCGGUGCCCCUGGAGCUGCUGGUGCUUCCGGACCACGUGGUGAGACCGGAUCUACUGGUGCCCCAGGACCUCAGGGUCCUACCGGUGCCCGUGGCUCUACUGGACCUGCUGGACCAUCUGGACCAUCUGGACCUGCUGGAGAGCGUGGAGAGACUGGACCUGCUGGACACAAGGGACAUCCUGGAGUCUCUGGACUUCCUGGUCUACAGGGAACUUCUGGACCCAUGGGAGAGCCUGGUGCACCCGGAGAACAAGGACAACAGGGAACUAGGGGAUUACCUGGUGCCCGUGGAUCCAAUGGAAACGAUGGACCCUCAGGACCCCGUGGAUUUGAUGGACCCGAAGGACCCCGUGGACCCCGUGGAGAAGGUGGAUCAUCUGGACCACCAGGACCCCCAGGACCUCCCGGACCCCCAGGACCACCAGGACAAGUCCAGUCUUCAUACGGAGUCAGAUACCCAUCCUUCCAGUCUGGCGGCAAGGGACAAGGAAGCUCUCCUUAUGGUUAUGCUUACAGAGACGACAGCAAGAAUGAUGCCGUCAAGAUUCAGGAUACCGAACUUCUUGGAGCUAUCAGUGCUCUUGGCCAGCAGAUUGAGUUGAUCAAGGCACCUCAGGGCAAGGCUAAGACCAACCCCGCCAGGUCAUGCAAAGACGUCUUCCUCAACAAUGUUGAAGCCGAGAGUGGAUAUUACUGGGUCGAUCCCAACCUUGGAUGCCAGAAGGAUGCCAUCCAGGUCUAUUGCGAAGCUGAGACUGGCGCCACCUGUGUACCCUCAACAAACAAUGUUGUCAGCAACAUGACAUGGUACGUUGGCAAGACAAAGCGCGCUUUCUUCUCCAGCAUGCACGGUGGUGACAAGUUCGCCUACAUCGAGGACUCCACCCAGAUGACCUUCCUCCGCCUCCUCUCCACCAGCGCCCGCCAGACCGUCACCUACUUUUGCAAGAACGUCCAAGGAAACCCAAUCUUCCUCUCAAGCUCUGAUGUCGAACUGGUCGAUGACCAGGACAGCAAAUUCAACUACAGGACACUUGAAGAUGGCUGCUCAUCCUCAUCAUCACAGUGGGGCAAGUCUGUCUACGAAUAUGAGACCAAGAAGACAACACGUCUGCCGAUCGUUGAUUUCGCCCCUGGUGAAGUUGGCAGUGAAAGUCAGAUGUUUGGCCUGGAGAUGGGACCUGUGUGCUUUUCAUAAAAAUCCUAGUUCUUAAACUUAUUAAGUCGUAGCUAAUUGACUGAUGCCAGGAACGACUCCAACGCAGCUCUCCCCCAAAAGACUCUAAUGCUCUCUCUCUAUCUCUCUCUAUUGUGUCCUUUUUGUGCCAGUAUUACGACGAAACCCGUCAAGAUCUGGUCUAGUUUUGUGUGAAUGUUACCAGGUCGCCAUUCAAUCCCGUAGUUACCAUCUCACUUUUGUAUAUUCAAGGCUUGAUGAAAAUAUGAAAGCAUGUUUCGGACAGAAGGAAUAAAUGCGGACUGGAAAAAUUUAAAAAAACAAGCCUCUGUUAUUUUAAGCUGCUGCGGAGUCCGAGCUGGCCCAUUUAAAAAAAAAUUGAAACUAAAUAAAACAAGUCUCUCCACGAUAUUCUUGUUCAGAGAUCUGUUUUAUAAAUGUGCAUUUGGUGCUUCAUGAGAAAAGUCAUGUACUUUCGAUGUCAGUAUUCCAAAAUAGGGUCUUAACAAAAAGUCAAUGUUUAUCAGUGUGUUAAUUUUCUUGUGCUUGGAUGAAUAUAGAAGAUUGAUUGUUGUAAGUACAGAUUAGUACAUGAACUAGCUAAUUAUGUAGCUAUAGUUGUGUCUAGUAUCUAUUUUCUCUUCCAAUUUCUCAACCAGUUGUCAGCUGCCAUAACUUGCCUUUUGUAGGAAUUCCUAGAUAGAUAGCUCUCUUUUUUAUGUGUUUAUAAGCUAGUUCAACCCAUCAUUGAUAUGGGUGACACUACGAUUGUGCAACUACACCGAUAUGUAUAUUAGUGUUUUUCACUGCAUGCCCUUUUCACAUGGUGCUCUUAAACUAUAAAUAUUCUAUAUCAAAGUUUGUGAAUAGUAGGGAAGUUUUGGUGAUAUCUUGUGAUUCCUCAGGAAUAUUUUCAAUCAUGUCUUGCCAACAAUUUUUUUUAAUGAAACAGAAAAUUAAAGUCCAUGAACGUAUGACCGUGAAGGAGCCUUAUAUUUUUAUAGAAAUUGUAAGGUGAGAAGUUUUUAUUGCAAAUUAAAAAAAUGACCACAUGUGUGCUACGGGAAA